AUGGAGCUCGGGGCGGCGGAGGCGGUUGAGCCCGGGGAGUUGCUGCAGGCCCUGCUCGAGGGCGCCGGGGGCCGCGGCCGGGUGCUGUUGGUGGCCGAGCUGUGGGAAAGGGAGCAGAGCCGCAACCUGAUGAGAGGCUUCGCCCGCCACGUCUUCCCAGAGCCCGAGGAGGAGGAGGACGACGACGACGAGGAAGCAGAGAAGGAGGAGGAAGAAGCGGAGGAGGAGGAGGAGGAGGUUGGCAGCAAGCCCGGAGGUCCGCAGGAGUUGGCGGCUCAAGAGGCCAGCGGUAAUCCCGGAGGCCCACAGGAGGUGGUGGCUGAAGAGUCUAACGGCAAUCCCGGAGGCCCGCAGGAGUUGGCGGUUGAAGAGGCCAGUGGUAAUCCCAGAGGCUCGCAGGAGUUGGAGGCUGAAGAGGUCAGCGGCAAGCCUGGAGGUCCGCAGAAGGUGGUGGAGACGCGGUCUUCCGGCCGCGGGCCCCCGGAGCGGGCGAUCCGCUCCCCACUCGUGUUCGUGCUGUGCCGAGAAGCUUCCCUGCGGGCCUCGGAGCCGCGACUGCGCCUGCGGGAGAUCCUGCGGGAUGUGCGCGCUCGUAGGCGGCAGAGGCCUAGGUGGCGGCCCAGGUGGCGGCCCCAGCCUUGGGGGCCCGGGACCGGAGGCAAAGGAUGGCAGUGUCCGCUGUGGGCACGCUUUCCGGGGUCCGGGAAUGGCAGCGGGUGGGGUGGCACGUGA